AUGGCGGGCCCCGCGGUGUCGUCGGGUUCGGUCCCCCAGCAGGCGGUCUCUUGGAAUUUCCUGGCGUAUUUGAUGACGUUUUGCGUCUUGGUUGUGCAGCAGAUGGGACUGCUGUACUACUUGGCGAAUUACUCUCUGGCGCUGCUGGCCAUUGGGGCGUUUGACGUCUUUGUGCUCCUCUCGUUCCUGUCCAACAGCAGCGCGGACUUGGCGGCGCUCAAAGGCGCGACUUGCUGGGUGCUCUACGACUGGGCCUUGACAGUCAAGAUUGUGAUCUUCUUCUUCGUCGUCUUUGGCUCUGACCGCUUAGUCCAGGGCUUCAUUUUUGACGGCCCCCACGGCACAAUCGUCGAGGUUUCGCUCCUCGUCGUCCUCGCCUGCGUCGUCUACGCCCUCCUAGGCUUCCGGGCCAUGGAGCAACUCGUCGGAGGCGUUUCGCAGAUCUCCACAGAGGCGAUGCUUCUCACGGACUGCAUCACGCACGUGGUCCUCGACUUCAUCGACCUCACUGCAGCCUUCUUCACCUACUCAGCCUGCCCGCUAGCGAUCAGCCAGCAAACGUCCUGGCUGCGGCUUGUCGUCGGCAUCGUCAUCUCUCUCGCCUUCUUCCUCCACGCCUACUCCUUCCCCUCAGUCGGCGCCCGCUCGCCCCUCCUUGAGAGGCAAGAAGAAAGAUUUCACAAAGACACAGGAGACAUCUUCAUGAGCAGAAAACACGCCGCUCUCCUCGGCGUCUGCAUCAUCGACUUGCCUCUCGCCGCCGUCCGACUCUUCACCUGGGCGUACUACCCUACAUACGAAGGUUUCUCUCCUUUUCUCCUGAAGAACAUUUGCUUCAUUCCGCUGCAGUGCAGCCGCAUCAGGCACGCCUCGCUGGCGGCGCACCUGAAGGCGAAACGCCAGCACAAACUUCAGCUCCACUCUCUGCUGGCCGCGCGCGAGGCGACGACGACUUCUGCCACGACGUCGGCGGUCAAGCUGCAACAGCAGCAACUCCAAAAGUCUGUCGCGGCGAUGGACACCCGGGAGGGAGUUGCGGCGCCGAGCGCAGGCCUCGGAAACGCCCGUGCUCUCGGCGAGCGCGGCGCGGAAAUGGACAAGGACAGAGGAGACGCUGCAGCGGGAGCCCAAGGGGGACCGGUAGUUGGACAGACUGGACGCGACGCAGGCGCCGAGGCGGGUGGGAACGCCGGUGGAAAGAAGGGUCGAGCACGGAAACACGACGAGGCAGCUCGCCAGUCGUGGUGCUCUGGAUUUCUGCAAACCCUUUGCUGCUGCCGCCCUUGCGGCACUGGGGGUCAGAAAGGACGCAAUCUGCUCGAUGAAAUUGACUUGGAUGACGACAGCGCGAUGACUGAGGAGGACCGCAUGCUCGCAAGGCUAGCCGAACUGUGCCGCACGGCUUCUGGGAAGACUCGCAAGUUGCCAGUGAAAGGAUUCACCUUCAAGAGAGUAAUCCAGAAACUAUACUUCUCCUACAAGGUCGGAGGAAGACGGGGUGUCGCCUCGCUGCUCGACAAUGCGUUAAAGGUGACGUUCUGGAAAGAAUUGAGGAUCGCCAUCCCCUUCGUGGCCACCUGGAUUUGCCAAAUCGCCAUUGUCGCGUGUCUCUUCUUCUUCUACAACGAUUCCCCUGUUUUUCCAAUUCAGAUGUUUUCUCUCAAGUCGAUGCGAGAGCAGCCGUGGCCGUGGAGUGACAUUCCCGUGGAGCUCCAAGUCUGCUUCAUCAUCACGUGUGGGCACUUCCUGAUGCUCGUCUCCUGCUGGUUUCUCUCGGCGCCGCUUCUGGACGUUCUCUUUGUCUCCUUUUUCGGCUCUCUAAAGCUGCUUUCCUUCUUCCUCAUGGUCCUUACCUUCCGAGAUUUUGGCGUCUUCAACAGUAUUUUCAAUCUGCAUCUCUACGUGAUGGACUUCGGCAAAUAUGCCAUCUUCAUCUUCACACUCGUGCCGAUGAUCGGCGUCCUGUAUACUCUCUACCCCGUGCUCUGCGUGAUGCUGGGCAGACAGUACAUUACGUACAUUGUCCCUCCACCUCGGAUCGGGAAAUUCCGCAGAGUGCAAACGGUGCUCGAUGCGGCGCGACACGGCGGCGAAGCAGACUUUGCACAACUCGAGACGCAUCCGCGAGGCGACGAAGCAGGGGUUGUGGCGACAGUGUGUCUCAUGGUUUUCCUCAACUGCUCCCACAUGCUCGCCCCGAUCUCGAUGAAUCAGCUGCUUGUGGGCCCAAACAUGAUCAAGGCCGUGAGGCUCAACGACGGCCUGCUGCGCGUGCACUGGCGCCAGCUCCUCAUUACCGUCUUGCUGCGCGCAUGGUGUUUCGUUCUUUACCUGACUUUCCCGAACAGCAUAACCUACAGCAAGGACCCGGACGCUAUCGAGAGCGUUCUCGAGCACUACACCAGCCCUGGAGGCGCGUGGUAUGAACGUUUUUCCUUCGCAUCUGUCGUCUUCCUCGCCCACAUUGUCCUCAUGUUUUUCUACAUGGUUUUUUCGCAAAUCUGCCGUCUCCUUGCGCUGCGGCGUUUCGAAAACAAAGCCAUGUUCAAGGACCUUGCGCUCCUCUGGCUGCAGAGAAAAGCUGAACGAGAUAGCACUCGCAGCAGCGACAGGUCGCGCGUCCAUUCCGCCGCAGUCUCCUUCGUCUCGGCACGCCGAAACUCGCGAAGUUCGAUUGAUUGUGGAAAAAUAUUUUGCCCAUUGUUUCCACACCUCCCCCGGCGACUUUUUGCCUGGAUUCUUCUGAAAAGCUCGCCUUGUUUCGGAGGGAUUCAAGAAAAAUGCGAAGGUUUUUUUUUUUCAUUUGCCCCCGCUUUCGCUGUUAAGCGGUUGAGACUCUCCCUUGUUUUCAGGGAUCCUAGGCGUUUCCGUUCCCGCCGCCUUCUGUCGUCUCUUGGUUUCUCGUGCUGUCCCUCCGUCUGCGCUCGUUGUCUUUCUCCGUGUCCGCUGUCUCUUCUCUGCGUAGCUGGUCUCUCGUUUCUCUGUUUCUCAUCUCGCUGGCAUCAUCUCUCGCUCCAAACCCAUCCCUUGAACCGUCUCCCUCGUCUUCUUCGUGUCGCUACUUACCUUCCUUCUUGCCGUGUUACCCUUUCUAUCUCGGUUCACUCCUCCCGAUCGCUGUGUCUACCCGUCGUUGUUCCUUCUGUUUCUGUUUUGUCUCCUUCCACAUCCUGCUCUGUCUCCGGUUUCUGGUCCUCUCUCUCCUCCCCGUCCUUUUGUUUUUCUGCACCCGGUGGCGGCUCUCUGUGCCGGUGUCUGAACAGAAAAGUAGUGUGUCUUCGCGGCUCACCGAAAGACCCUUUUCUAGUCCAGGGGAAAACAACGCGAUAG